CAGAGAGUUUGAAGCAUGUCCGUUGGAAGCAGAUUCUUCUCACCCUUUCCCUCCUCAAUCUUGCUUCCUCUUCUUCUACUUUUUACCUCCAAUAAUCUCAGUGGCCGUGCCAGCACUACUCCCACUUCAGCGCUACCUUCCUCAUCUUGCGGUAUGGAAGGUGUCAGUAUGUACCCCAUCGAUGUGACGAUAGGUUAUUCAACUCACUGCCACAGUCGGGUCCUGCUAGAUUGUCAGAACAAUGGGGCUGUUUUAGUUAUAGGGUCAGAAUUGUAUCUUGUCCAACAACUCAACGACAAAGAUCAAACAAUAAGGGUAGCUGACCCUGGCAUACACAGGGGAAACCUUUCCUCUUGCCCACUUAAUUUCAAUACUUAUGAUCCAUGCAGGAAAUAUUACAACCCAGUCCUUGAUUCAAGCAACAGGAAAUAUCACAACGCAGUCCUUGAUUCAAGCAACGCUCUAGUAGCAUUCAUUCAUUGUUUGUCGGCUGUGAGCUCUGUGAAAUAUGUGAAAGCUCCAUUCUGUGGCAACACAAGCAAUACAUUUACCAAUUCUUCAAAAGUACACAGUUAUGUAAUGGUUGGAGAAUAUGGAGAUGAUCUGCAGGUUUCAGAUUUAGAAGAGUCUUGUACAGUGGACAGAGUGGUUUGGUUUUUGAGACCAGAAUAUAUUAUGAGGGAUAACUACUCGCUGGCCACCAUUUAUGAAGCUUUGGCUUACGGCGCAGAGCUUCCGUUGUAUAAAGAUACACCGGAGUGGUUGUGGUGGAUACCAGUAGGCAUACUUUAUUAUGCUUCAUGGUUGAUAGCCGCACUCAUAGCUUUGAAAUUUAUAAUUGGGUUCCCUCUCUUGAUUUGGCUUGUGGUGCAUACAUGGCGGAGACGCCAUUUAUCCAUGGAUAAAAGCAUUGAAGACUUUCUACAUGGACAACAUAACUUAGCCCCGAUAAAGUAUACUUACUCCGAGAUAAAGAAAAUGACCAACAGCUUUACCCAAAAAUUGGGGGAAGGAGGCUGUGGAACUGUAUAUAAAGGAAAACUUCGUAGUGGUCCUCACGUUGCAAUAAAGGUGAUGGACCAAUCGAUUGCUAGUGAGGAAGAGUUCAUCAAUGAAGUAGGCACUAUCGGGCGCAUUCACCAUGUGAAUAUAGUGCAACUCAUUGGUUUUUGUGUGGAACAUAAAAAGUAUGCAUUGGUGUACGAAUUUCUCCCCAACGGUUCCCUUGAAAAAAACUUAGGUAGCGUUGGCUUAACAUUCGAGAAAAUGCUUGAAAUUGCACUUGGAGUGGCGCGCGGGAUCAACUACUUACACCAUGGCUGCAAUAUGCAAAUUCUCCAUUUCGACAUCAAGCCUCAUAAUAUACUCCUUGAUGACAACUUCCAUGCCAAGAUAUCUGAUUUUGGACUUGCACUACUACAUCCUAUUGACGAGAGUUUCAUAAAUCUGACAGGCGCAAGAGGAACAAUGGGGUAUAUGGCACCUGAAAUGUUCUAUGGAAACAUGGGCCGCAUCUCCUACAAAGCCGAUAUCUAUAGCUUUGGAAUGAUGUUGAUGGAAAUUGUAAGUGGAAGGAGAAACGUGAAUCCUUUUGUUGAAAACAUGGGGCAAAUACAUUUUCCAUCGUGGGUAUAUGAGGAGCUGCGUGCUGGAAGAGAUAUAGAUGUAAAAGAUGCAACGGAGGAUGAAAAGAGAAUAGUGAAGAAGAUUGUUAUAGUGGCAUUGUGGUGCAUACAGAUGAGGCCAUCGGAUCGGCCUCCCAUGAACAAAGUAGUAGAGAUGCUUGAAAGUGAGAAUGGACCAAAAAUGCCUCCAAAACCAUUCGUAGCUCCACUUGAGGUUGCUAGCCAUAGCCAUGACAGUGGCAUAGCUACAACUUAUGUAUGUGACCUUGUACCUAGUUGAAAAUUGAGCAUUGUGGUGUGUGUGAUGUGGUUUAGAAAUGUGUAACAAGGGAGUUUCAUAAUAAGAUGAAGACUUGAAAUUAAUGGCUAUGUUUUCUCUCUUUUCUAUAGCACAAAUGAAAAAGAUUGUCCUUGCUAUUGAUAAGUGCAGAGCUUUUAGUUCUUGCCAAACUAGCAGAUGAAAAACAAUUCCUUGGGGUUUUCACGGCAUCCAGACUCCAGCGAGCCGAAAAAAUACUCGUCUUUCUUAGCUCUUUUUGGCAUGGUAACCAU